AUGGCCGCCAAGCUGUUCACGCCGCUGACGCUGGGCGGCAAGAAGGACCCCGUGCAGCUACUGCACCGCGUGGUGAUGGCGCCGCUCACGCGCCUGCGCACGGGCGAGGAGGGCGUGCAGACGGCGCUGGGCGUCGAGUACUAUAAGCAGCGCGCGACGCCCGGCGGCCUCAUCAUCGCCGAGGCCACCAACAUCUCGCCCACGGGCCGCGGGUCCUGGGGCUCGCCGGGCAUCUUCGCGCCCGAGCAGGUCGAGGCCUGGCGCCACGUCACCGAGGCCGUGCACGCCCAGGGCGGCAGGAUGUUCCUGCAGUUGUGGCACACGGGCCGCGUCGGGCACCCGCUCAACCAGCCGGGCGGCGUCCUGCCCGUGUCGUCCAGCUCCAAGCUCGAGAACAUCCGCGCCGGCAAGAAGAUCGUCACGCGCGAAGGACGCAUGGAGCCCGUGCCGCCGCGCGCGCUCGAGACGAGCGAGAUCCCGGGCAUCGUGGCGGACUACCGCUCGGCCGCGGAGAACGCCAUCAGCGCGGGCUUCGACGGCGUCGAGCUGCACGCCGCCAACGGCUACUUGCUGGAGCAGUUCCUGCACGACGGCAUCAACGACCGCACCGACCAGUACGGCGGCAGCGUCGAGAACCGCGCGCGCUUCCUGUUCGAGGCACUGGAGGCCAUCCUCGAGAGUCUGGACUCGUCCAAGGUGGGCAUCCGACUGUCCCCGUUCGGCGGCAGCUUCGGCGACAAGGACUCGGACCCCAUCGCCACGUACACGUACGUGCUGAACAGGCUCAACAACUACGACCUGGCCUACGCGCACCUGAUCGAGCCGCGUGGCUACCACGUGCGCAACCCGCUGGCACCCGAGAAGGGCUCGGCGCGGCAGUUCCGCGAGACGUACAAGGGCGUGCUCCUCGCCGCGUCGGGCUUCGACCGGCAGUCGGCCGUGCAGAUCGUGGAGGAGGGCGCGGCGGACGCCGUGGCCAUCGGCCGCCACUUCAUCUCGAACCCGGACCUGGUGCGGCGCUUCCAACUCAACAAGCCCGUGAACGACUACGACACGGACACGUUCUACCUCGGCGACGCGCGCGGCUAUAAUACCCGUUCCUGCAGGACGAGUAGGUAUAGCAGUAAAGACGACGUAGACAGCAAAAGACGUGCUACUUCCGUAAGACUGCAAAGUGAAGCGUACUGGAGGUGGUUGCGUACUCUCAAGCAAAACAAAUUCUUGCUAGUUAAAACUACCGGUAGUUGCUGCAGGCACCAGGCAUGUACUGUUACUGCCUCGGUGUGGGCUUGA